CGGCCCGAGGCUGCGAUGUUGUCGCUGCCGCCGGGGCUGCUCCGCCGCCUGCGGGAGGCGUCGCUGCCGUUGCCAGCCCCGCCGCAGCCGUCCCCUGCUCCCGUCCCGCCGCUGCCGCCCUUCACGUUCGCUCCCCGCCGGCUCCAGCUCGGCUCCCACCACCCGCUCUUCGAGGAUGGGGACGUUCACAGGCACCUCUACCUCCAGGGGGUCCUCACCAGCCUCGGCGAGGUGGCGGAGAAGCCCAAAGUAUCAGAAUUCAGUUGCCACAUCCCUGGGUGCUGCCAGGUCUUUGACACACUGGAAGGCUACGAGCACCACUACAACACGCUGCACAGGAACGUGUGCUCCUUCUGCAAGCGCUCCUUUCCAUCUUGGCAUCUCCUGGAUAUCCACAUCUUGGAGUGGCACGACUCACUCUUCCAGAUAAUGGCUGAGAAGCAAAACAUGUACAAGUGCUUGGUAGAAGGCUGUGCAGAGAAGUUCAAGAGCAGCAAGGACAGAAAGGAUCACUUGAUCACUGUUCAUCUUUAUCCUGCUGACUUUCGGUUUGAUAGACCAAAGAAAGUGAAAAGUGGCCCCAAGCACAUGAGCAGUCCCGCAAAGCAGGAUGCCAGUGUGCCGAUGGAUAUGAUUGUGGAGACUGAGCAAUUCCAAGUGGAUCCCAUGGAAGUAGCGCCCAGUGAGACCAUGGAGAUCCCUGAGCCUGCAGCCAGUUCUUUCUCCUCAGUGCCAGAGAAACGCCUCUAUAAAUCCAGGAUCCCAUCCACAAUUUGCUUUGGACAAGGUGCUACCCGAGGAUUUAAAGGACCAAGGAAAAAAGUCUGAAGGUCAAUACAGCAGGUUUGUACAAGACAAGCAGGCGCUGGCUGCUUCUGCCUGCAGACAUUGGCAUCAUGACCAAGUGGGGACAUUUGCAGAAUGUGCAAGGGUCCCACUCCCUAGUGGGGAGGCAGAAGGGUGAAAACAGGGGUUGUGCAGCAGCAGUGUGGGAUACACAUUGAGAGGAGCUUUGCUACAGUCCCUUUUUUGUCUCCAUACCAGCUCCCUUUGGCAGCAUUUCAGAGCUGACCCUUCCUGAGGCACAGCACUCUCUUUUCUGAUCCCCUCUGAAAUCCAACUACAGAUAAAUUCUUCUGCCUCUGUGUUGUGAGGUUUUGUCUCUCAUCAGUGCCAGGACUGCUCUGGGCAGCAGUGGCUCUGUAGAUAGAUGGGCACAUACUGCCUGAGCUUGCAGAAAUGCAAAUGCUGGUCUGAAACUCCAGGCGGCUGCAGGGAUCCCAUAGGCUUCACUAUCCCAUAGGAAUCACUAUCAGAAAUGCAGUAGGGGUAACACGGAGCAAAACACACAGUUUCCCUCUUCCUGCAGGACAUCCCCCCCAGCUCCCUCCCAUGGCCCUGGGGCAGGUUGUCACACUUCCCUGCCAGCCGGGCUUGCACAGGGGGGUAGCAAAAUAAAACCCAGAGGAAGAGCAAAGGAGAUUACAACAAUUCAUCAUUUUAAUUUUGUUCUUUCAUUUUCUUCUCUUUUCCCUUUUAAAGCUCCAGCAAGCACAGCCCUUGAGACAUGGGGCAGGUUGAGCUCACACGGAGAGUCUCAGACUGCAGCAGACAGUGCUGGUGGGCCUGCAGCAGUGUGGAGGUGAGAGGAAAUAGGUUGCUGCAGCUGACCCUACACAGGGUUAUCUUCUUGAUUCUUUCCUUUUGGGGGAAAAAUGGAUUCAGGGAAUUCCAAGACAAAACCUGAUGACUGUACAGGAGCUGGAGCCACUGACAGAAAAGGGGGGGGGGGA